UUUUUCGUGGUAUGGUAAUGGAUGGGAGUGCAAGUCGUUGGCAUGCAGGAGGGCGGCCUUGUAGCAACGACGGCGGCCUUCCAAAGAUUAGAAAGUUAACACUUUCUAAUCUCUGCAACAGAAGUGUGUGAUUUCGAGCGUAUUGUCGUUCACUAGUGAAACUUUGUUAUUGUGUUUUUGUAUGUGCCUUACGUUAUGUAUAGACUGUGUUAUUAUUUCUUCGCAAAAAUUAAACAUAUGUAUUUUUGACACCCACUGCUUCGUUUGAAAAACAUAUUAGACUAUCCUUACCAAAUCCGCAUCAAGAAAUGGUAUCUCGACGUAGAAUUUUAUCAAGGUCACGUGACGACCUCCAUAUGGACACUGUUUUUCAACCCCCUGAUGAUGAGGAAGAUGUUUGGUACCAAAAAGACAAAUUAUAUAGAGAUCACAUACAAGAAGUUCUUAAUAAAUGGACCCAAAUUGAUGACGAAAUUUGGGCGAAAGUGAUUGUGUUAGAAAGAAAUAGAAGAGUUGCAAAAGCUUACGCAAGGGCCCCUGUACUGACAGUAAAUGACUCUGACGAUGGCUUUGAUGGGUUCAGAAUAGGUCUUUGUGGAUUUGAAAAUCCUAUGAGAGAUCAAAAAACAGAAGAAUAUAAAAGACACAUUGGACAUGGUGUUAAAAUAAAAAUGGAUGAUGCAGGUAACAUUCUUAUAAAGAGGGUAUCUAAAUGUAAUGUAUAUAUUAAAAACACAGCAUUAGAUACUGAAAAUGCUAUAGGGAACGAAGUGUUAAAACUACCAAAUUGUGCAUUAGAGCCAGACAAACCUGUGAAACUGUUUGAUAUGAAAAAAUUUCAAACUAAUGUUAACAGAGAAUUAAGAAGAGCAUAUCCAGAUAGAAGACGUUUAGAAUGUCAAUGUUUAAGUGCUAUAGGCUUUGUAAAAGUUGAACCAGAAAUAUUGGAGUGUCCUAUAUGGGUAUUAAUUAUAAAUAUUGUGGCUUUAGAUAUGCUAAAAUCAAAAUUACCACCAGUACAAAGAGUUAUGGACAUAAAAAAUAGACCUAGAAUACCUGUCCCUGAUGAAGAUCCAUAUAGUAUUGCUGUGACAGAUAAUAAUCACUUUGGAACUGGAAGUUUUACCGGCAGCACUGUUGCAGCUACAAGGGAGCAUCUUUUAAUGCAAAAUCAACGUAGAAGUGAUAAACCUCCAAAAUUACCUCCUCGAGAAAAUAUGUACCCACAAGAUAUCCCCCAACCUGAUUAUGAUGAUUAUAUGUCGGGGAGACAACUAAAAACAUAUACUUCUUCUAGAGACAAAGAAAGACCAAAUGAUACCAAGAAAUUUGAAGAAGAUCCUUACUAUUGUGGUUUACGUACCAGAUUGCCAAACUUUACGCAAAGAAGGAGUGACAAACCACCAAAAUUACCACCCAGGGAAAAUAUGUACCCACAAAUACCACACGAAAUUCCUUCUCCAGAUUAUGAUGAUGGUGUGUCAAAAAGCUGGUUGAAACCUUUUGGAUCAUCUAGAGGAAAAGAGAAGUCUAAAGAUGCCCAACAGUACGAAGAUCCCUACUACUGUGGAAUGAGGGCAAGGGUUCCAAAUUUUGUAACCAAGUCAAAAGGUAAAGAUUCAUUACCAUUAAAAAGAUUUAGUGUAAGUCUGGGACCCCAACAUUCCAAAUAAGUAGCUUUUGUCAAAAGUUCGAUUUGUAUGUAGACAUUUUUGUUUCAUUCUUAAAUAAUUAUUUGAUUAUGUGAAAUUGUUACCUUUAGGUGCUCAAUGUAGUUAUCAUUUGUAUUUAAGUUUAUAACAUUUUCAAUUUUUCUCAGUCUAAAGAACAUUACAUCUCCACUUUUUGAAUCACUGCCUCAAUUCCAUCUUUAGAUUAUAAUGUUUUUUCUGGUAAGGAAAAUACAAGUCAAAGUAUUUGGUAUUUUUUAUUAUUCAAAGUUUUUGUCUAGUAUUAUACCAUUUUAGUAUUUUUUGCUGUUGGUAUGUUUAUAAACUAGAGAACCCAAUUUUUUCAUGUAUUUAAAAAACAUUUUCACUUUUUAUAUUUAAUAGAUUUAGGAAAUACUUAUAUAGAAAAAAUAAUAUGAUAUAUCUGUGCCCAGUAAAAUAUAUCAUUAAAUAGAAAUAUUUUGAACAAACAGUGCCAAAACCUUUGAUAUCUUUCAAUUAGGGAUAUUACUAAUAGUGGUCAUAGAAAAGAAUUCACUCUAAUAUUUGAUAUUAGGGAGUGUCCAUAAACUACAUUGCUCGGCUAAGAUAAAAUUUUGUUAAAGAAAAUGAUUUUAUUUGGCACACAAAUGCUAAUUCAGGAAGAAUCAAGAAUACAUUGUUAAAAAAAUAAUGAAUAUUUAUUAACAGUUUAAUAAUAUUUAUUAGUAGCUAACAAAUAUUUAUUGAAAGUUUAUAGAUUGUAUUUUAUGGAUGAUUUAUCAUUUAUUACUAAAUAUUUAUUAAGUCGUAUGUUAUGAGAGAUAUACAAAUAUAAUAUAAUAUAUAAAACACAAAUAAAUGUUAUCGAUUUACAAUAAAAUAUUUUCUUAUUAAAUAUGGAAUAGAAAACUUAAAAUAUUGUGAAACAAAACCAUGUAAAUCGGGCAGGGGUGAGAGGUCAUGGAACAGCCUACAUUGGACUAUUUGCAGGGAGGGAAGGGUCCCAAAAGGACUAUAAUAUGACUACGUCGUUUAUGGAUGUUCCCUUAUUAAAUAUACUUUCAAGAAAUGCUGAAGUGGUCAUUUUUAUUUUUAUUGCAUACUAUUGAUAUAUUCCAAUCCUAUUGCAAUUUUUUAUCUACUUCUGUUCAGACUUUAUAUUAAGGUAUGCAGAUUGUAGAUUGUUUUGGAAAGUUGUUUUAGCUUCACAGCUACUCUGCACCUAUACCUAGAAGAUAUUUUGUACAAAACUCUACAUCUCACUGUUCUGCUUCCAAAAUAUAUAAACUCCUCUUAAAGUUGGCUACUUUUUUGUGGGUUUUAUGUCCUAUUUCUCAAGGUGCAACUCUUUCUUAGGAAUUCACUUCUUUAUUCAAUAUUGUGUCUUCUACUAAUAUAACACUGGAAAUUAUUGAAUUUUCACAGUUUUUUAAUUUCAUUGUUAGUUACAGGACAAUGUUUGUUUAAAAAAUAAAAAAAAAUAUUUUCCUGACAUUAGUUGUUAGAUUAUGAUGUCUGUCUUUUUUUAAUUCAAUUAUAUUAAACAACUAUUUUAAGUUAACACAGCAUUUAAUGAUAAUUUUUAAAUUUUUUUUAAAUUCAAUAUUUAUUUUUUUGGUUGUGAACUAAGGUUUAUUUUUAAAAUACACAUCAUGUGUAUUCACAUUAUGAUAAAUUAAGAAGUGAUUCAUAAUUUGAAGAAAAAUAUCAAAUUUAUACAGUAACAUGCUGAAAUAGGUACUAGUAGCAUUUCUUGAAACAUUCUUUAAAUUAUUUUAUACUCAAGAUGUGGUAUUUAACAUUUUAUAUACAUAAAGAAUUAUUGAUUGGAAUUUAACAAGGUCAACACAAAUAAUUUCAGAAUUUGAUUGAAUCAAUACAGGAUUUUUUGAUAUUAUACUUUAAUUAUAAAUAUGUUUUUUUUUUUAAAUUAAAUUGAUGAUGAAAUGGUUUCAAAAUAUGUGUUAUAUAAGUAAUUAGCUCAAUUCACUGAAGGCUAUUUGAAUAUAAAUGCACAUGUUCAAGAUUGGAAUGUGGAGGUAUCUAAAAAAUAUUGAAAUUGCAAUUAUGCAAAUUAUACUCUGAAUUUCUUCCAUUUAUUUAAUAUUUCGUAAUAAAGAUUUUAAAAUCUUUUUAAUCACAUGACAAGUAUAUUUUAUCACAAUUUGGGGAAUUCCAACGAUUCACUUAAAGACUGAAAUUUUUCAGCUAACAGAGGAAACCAAGUAGUAAAAUAGAUUAAUAGUGCGUUUAUACAGGCAAAUAAAAAUUAGAAUAUUUAUAUGUUAUUAUAGCAUUCAAGUUUUCAGAUAAAAUUUAAAGUUAAUCUUUUCAACUUUUAUUUUCAUAUUAUCUCAUAUAUAGUGACACAUGUGAAGUUAAUUGUUUUUUUAUUUGCCUGUAUAAACCUACUUAUAGCAUUAGGUAAUACAGUUCCCAUGUAUUUGUUGAUAUGUAUUCAAAUGAUUGUAUUGUGUUUUGGAAGAUCAAAUAUCAAGUUAAUUAACAGAAUAUUAUUUUUUCUAUAUGAUGAAAACAUGUUUUAGUUAGGUAUAGUUAUCUAUUGAUAUAAAAAUUGUUAGAUAUUAAAAAAAGUAUUAUUAGACAAAAAUCAUAACCAAUAAUAUAAAAUAUUAUAUGGUUGAAUCUUUGUGAAUAUUUAUGUACUUAUUUUAAUCCCGUGACUGUUUAUGUUUUUAUACAAUAACCAAUAUUUUGUUAAGAAUUAAUAAAAUUAAUGUUUUUAGUCAUGUACACUAAUAUUGUAGUAUCCAAUAAUGACAUAUAUAGAGGUUCAAUAGUUUGUAUAUAAAUGUCUACUUUUUAUAACUUUUAUAAAAAUAAUACUCAUUUGAAAUUGUAUGCUUCUAUCAAGCAUAUUUAUAAUAUAUUUACCUACACUUUUUUUACAAAUUCCGUCCAUUUUAAGUAAUUGUGAAUUUAUAUAGCGUCUCUCUAGACCACUUUGAAUUUGUUAUAUAAUCUGAUUGUUAAAUUUUUUAUAUAUAUGCUCUAUUUACAAUGUCUGAGAUAUGUGAUGUAGGUGUUAAGUGUAAUUUUUUUGUAUUGUUGACAUUUAUAUUUUGAUAAAUAAAUUUGUAUAUUUAU